AUGGGUGAUUCUGAGAAACUGGAAAUCGAUGUUCUGUCAUCGAGCACCAUCUCGAAACGGAUCUUCAACGAGAGCUUCGGUGCCCUGCCGACAAAGACGGAGUCUAUAUGGAUUGGCAGCGAAACCUUGGGGAUAUCUGGGUGGUACAAGUAUCGCUGCUCGUUCGAUUUGCCCGCAAGCCUCGACAAGUUCCUGUACGUAGUCGAUCACUUCUGCAAGAUGUUCCAGGGCGACGCCCGUAUAGACGCCGAUGCCCUGAUGGAAGAUAUCGUUAGCGAGGUCGAAAGUGACUACAAAUACGCGAAAGUUCAUCAUUUUGCUCUGGGGGCUUGGACGGGUCUGAGCCGCUUCAUCGAGAGGUUCACGAGUCAUAAACCUGACAGUGCCUCUAGGUCUAUCAGUCGAAUACAGGCUAGCUUCUUCCAUGACCGGAGGUUUCUUGAGAUAUACUUCGAAGACAAGAUCGCGGGUUCGAAGAAGAACGAUGUCUACAAACUGAAAAUCGCCUAUGAGGACAUCACGCAAAUAGUUCUGAAGAGGGAGUUGAGACAUCUUGACGCUUUCUAUGAUAUAAGCCGCAAGAAGGAGCCCACGGACGUCUUCAUGCACGUCAAGAAAAUCGCAGCGUAUAGAUGGAGCGAUCCGGUGAAGGAGGCUUAUGAGUAUUUUUUCGACGGCGAAUGGGAAAGAACACCGAAUUUCGGUGGGUUGAAAGGUCCAACUUACUGCGGUUGCGUUGGGACUGCUAAUGCAGUCAAGCUAAGACUAGAUUCUAAAAUUGGUUACCCCAUGGACGCCAUCUAUGGUCUCCUGGGUGCAGCCAGCGCACCCGUUUAUUUCGCAAGCGUUGUUACGCUCGACAUGCCGAAAAAUCCUCAACCACUCGCCCAUGACAAGGCGUCGCCAGAUAUUCGAUGGGCUCUGUCUUGCAUACACAGCCUCUCGCCUGAGAUUUCUCUGAAAAUGGCCCUGGAGGGGAACAGCAAAGAGAUUCAGGAAACUCUCGUCGCGUGCGCGAAAGAAGACAGCUCCUCGCUCGCGAGGGCCCUAUACGACAUCUACUUCAACCUUUGCAAUUAUCCACUGAUCGACAUGAAGCUAGCGAUCAAGGAUUCCUUCUCCAGCGCAAGAAAAGGCAAAAGUUCAAGGACCAGCAUCAUCAAUCAAAAGUUGCCCCAGGACCUUUAUCUCGUGAAGAGAGCCAUCGUUUGUCCCAGUAAGACCAUUGUGAAACCGCCAACGGUUGUGAGGGUCAGCGCUCUACUGCGUAGUGUCGACCCGGAGAAAGUUAUGUUGGUGGAUGUUAGGGACGACGAUGGGACGAGAUUGCGUUUCAACACUCAGAAUGAAGCAAGAACCUUUAUUCAGGUGUCCAUCGCAGAGAAAAUCAAGAGGGGCAUCAAAAUCGCGGGGAAAACUUACUAUUUCCUCGGCAACUCCAAAAGUCAAGCGGAAGACUUUAGUUUCUGGGCGUACGCGAUUGAGAAGGGGGAUACGGACACCAUAUCUUCGGUGAGGGAGCGACUCGGCAUCACGGGGAAUCUCGCCAGGAGAAUAGCUGUUCAAGAUCUCGUUUUCGCCGAAGCUCUGGGGGCUGUCUCCAUCGAUCCUUCGUGGGUCAGCGAAGAAAGUGAAGACGUCCCAGCUGCGUCAGACUUCAAGCAUGGCAUUGGCCGCAUAUCGGAGGCGGCUCUUCGCACGGUCGUCGAAAACUGUCAUUGGAGCAGAACUCUUUGUUCGGCUAUUCGCGUGAUUCACGGGGGUCGUAGAGGCACCCUCGUCUACGACCCUUCUCUCGAGGGUUCGAGAAUAAUUUACAGGAAAUCCCAGACGGUCAUCAGAAGCGAAGAUUCUACGCUCUAUCUGAUCGGGAGGAGUGAGAUGAAGAAUGCCGCCUUCGACAGAACCUUGAUCUCCACGCUGAGCAGCAAGGCCGACGGACUCACAGAAGAGUUCUCGGUCGAGGAUUUCUUGACUCCCUUGUAUGAGCUGCUGACGGAGCCGCUAUCCUUGUAUUCGACGGGAGCUCGAGUGAAGCGAGUCGCCGCGGAGCCGGUCCUGGAUCACAUUUUCAGGAAAGGAGAGGAUUUGUACGGAUACGACAAACGCGGCGAUGGUUUGUUCCGCCAAGCAGUUCGCUGCAAAGCGCUGAAGGCUCUCCGAGACCUGAAGAAGCUCAAGCAGCAUAUGACGAAUGCGUACGAAAUAAUGCCCGUCGUGGAUGAGCUCGGACUCUUAGAGGAAGGCGAAGUAUUCAUUCAAGUUUCCUCACCUGGAGGUGAUCUCCGUGUUCUCAGCGGGGACCUUGUCUUGGCUCGGAAGGAUGCCAUGCACCUCGAGGAAUUCCGGCGGGUCACCGCAGUCAAUCGCCCAGACGUUGUCGGGGCGCUUGGACACUUAUUCAAUUGUGUAGUUUUGCCGUCCAAAGGUGGCUCGAGACCGCUGGAAUUCCUGGCGAGAGAGGCGAGUUAUGCGGGGGAAUCAGACAUCAUCCUGAUCGCCAGCCAUCCUGAUGAAGAGCCCGCGUUCCUCUUCAAGAGAAACGAUCCACCGCGCUCCACGUCAAUCGCCGUGGGUUCCGAAGUUGAUGCCAGCUGUGAUACAGAAACCCACUACUUCAAUUAUUUGGCCUAUGUGAGCUUCAAUGAUUUCGAAGAAGUUUUCUGUGCUCUGGCCGACUCCCUCCCGCAACAUGCGUCGUCCGAAAGCUGCAUUCGGGUGGGAGUUCAACGGCGUCUCCUGGAUAAGUAUCGGCGCGGAGGGAGAGAGGUCGCUCCUCUUCCCAAAGUCGUGAACUUUCCUCAUUUCUUGGAGAAAAUCAGCGAUCGGAGAACUUAUUGCUCAGCACGUCCUUUGGGACAUAUCUACCGGAAAGGGAGGUUGAUCGAUACUGAAUACUUCGAAGAUACGCAAAUGAUGACUGAGGAUCUAACCUUCCAACAUGAGUUGAGAGUGGAAGGCUCCGAAGCGUUCGCUGAAAUCGCGGCUCGGGACAUUCGGCAAUUCAGGGGAGACCUUGAGGGAAUCGCGUCGUUGUAUGGGAUCUCAGUCGACGAAGUUCUCACCGGUACGAUCUUCUCGGACCGUGGACAGCACUCCUCGAAUGAACGCAGGAGUGAUAUCGAGGCCGCAGUGAAGCUUCAAGUGAAGCACUUGGCCUUAAUCUGCAGACGAAAAUUUAAAAAAGGCAUGGAGAAGGCUUCGGAGCUUGAAGUUCUGCAGAAAAUAUCUGCUUACUAUGUUGCGUCUCGAGACUUCCCUAAGGAUGGGGGCUAUGCGUUCCCCUGGAUGCUUCCAGAUCUCAUGCAAGGUCUCAUCGCGCAUUUAGACCCGCAGCCUCCGCCCAUCCCGGAGUCGGAAGUUUCGAGGAAGCUCCUCGCGUCCGUAGCUGGCUGCAGAGCUCCAAAGCUCACAACGCUCACGAAUAUCCACACUAUUCUAGACAGAUGGAUACGGGUGAACAAAAACAUAUGCGCCGUUUCUCGCGGAGACUCAGAAUACUUUAGCGACAAGUUCUGUGACUUCGUGGAGCAAGCUCACGGAAAAGCCUUCGAGAAACUCGUUGGUCCCGAGGACAAAGUAAACUGUUCUCCCCAGCUAAUCAACAACCCUCUAGGUCUGCUGGCGGAAACACUCCGGCACAUGUUGUUCGUCUCCGCGAAAGACACCGAUAAGAAGUUCGGGAGGGAGCAACUGUUCAUGAUGUCCCUGCAAACGCUGCUGUUGAACACUCUGGCGAAGAUAACAGCUACCUGUUCGCUCCGAAGCUUGUUAGAUCCCACGAAGAUUCUCCGAGAUACGCUUGUGAGUCACCGGAUUCUCCUACCCUUGAGCAUGAAAGACGACAAGUAUAUCCGGGCGACUCAGGGCGAUCUACAGAAGUGUGAAACGAAGCUUUGUGAAAUGACCGGUUGCCGCCGAGCCAGGAUACGAUUGGUGCCCAGACUUGAGACAUCAGAGUGUGAUUACGAAGAAAUCAUAGCCACGGGCACGUGGUUCACUGUCGCCAAUCUGGAAUACGUCGUCCUACAGCCUGACUACCGAGCGAUUCUCAUCAAUAUAUUCAGAAACAAUGAGAGGUUGGGUCUGCAGGCUUUGCGACUUGCUGAUGAAUAAAGUAUCUGCUGCUCAGAAGACUCCAAAGUGCUUUCCUGUGAGCUGCUCGAGGGCUUCUUACACACAGAGCCCACGCCGGAGUCAUGCAGUACACGAG